GUAUUGCCUCAUCCAAACAUCCAAACAUCCAAACGAUUCAGACAAGGAGCAGCACGUUUGAGGGGCCUGCGAAGUCAUUUCAAAUUGUGAGCGGAGAAACCUCAUCUUGUUUCUAAGGAAAGAGGAGUGACGUCAGUCAAUGAAACAGUUGACACCAACAAAGACACCAACAAAGACACCAAUACACAAUACACCAAAAGCAACUUGAAGCAUGCAAGAUAAGUGGGUUGCGAUCUGCAUCUCGUCGAUCUUCAGCAACAAAGGCAGUCAAGAUGAUCCCAAUUGCACCCAUAACAGCCUCAUUGGCGCCUUUCUUCGCGCCUAUUGCGAUCGUCUUGUCGCUGACAUCUGCCCCAAUUCCUUCGACUCCAGUAGAGAUUCCAGUGUUGGAAGUAGUAAAAGUCUACGGAAGGAUCGCAGGACCGGAGUGUUACGGAAUGAAGGCGCCAUCAGGAUCAUCUUGUCAAGUGCAGUUGUCAGAUUUCAAGCGAGCUCUGGGAUUAUUGGAUCAAGGAAAAUAUGUCCAGAGAGACGAAUUUGCCACACGAUUGGAUGGUCUCGAAUUUCAGUGGCCCUUGAAGCCCUAUGGCGUGGACAAGUCCCUAUCCAAGACAGCGGUAAUGAACAAGGGUGCCGAAACUCGUGUAUACAUGGAAGAACUGGAAGGACGAGGAUUAUACGAUCGACGGAAUCCUACGGGGCCUCUUCCCUCGUCUCUCCGGCCGGCAAUGAACAGAGCUAUACAGGCUGAAGGGCUUGACAAACGUGCUGUUGACCUUGUUUUCCGGUCGUUUUCAAGUGGCUCUCGUGAUGGAACAUUGUCGACUGAACAGAUUGAUCGAAUAUUCCAAGGAAGGGACGAAAUGGAUUACUACGAUUAUCUCAAAAUAGUUGGAACGGAUUCUGUUCGGUGGCCAAACUAAAUAAUGCAGUUUUGUGAACGAGCGCUGUAGAACAGGAAAGCUGCAUGAGUUUAUGAUCGGAUGCUCUAUCAUUGUUGUUAUCGUUUGUUACCAGUACCCGCAAAUGAAGAACAUGAAGGGGUGUGGUGUUGAGCAAAUCCAUUGUAGUAGUUUGUAAGUGUGCAUUGUGUUUGGAGAUUGUCAUUAGUGAUGUGAGGGGUGGAGUGGACCGGUAUCUGGAAGGUUGUUUGUGACGGUCACCAGUUAGAUGCGAUGCUAUGGGCUUCAGACUUCUUGGCAUGUAGAAUUUGUGCCUUCAGUAAAUGUUCUUGGGUGCUAAAGGUCGGACAUAAAACUUUUUCUCGUUGACAUUCCUUGUCCCUCCAGCCAAGCAUACGCUUUUCGUUGGUUUCCGCAAGGUCUGCUUAACUGGUUCUUUCUUCUUCUUGUGAGGAGACGAUGGCUUCUGACGAAGCUUUCUCACUCUGUUUUUGACAUGUCUGAGCGCUGCCCGUCGCUCUGGUUUUGAUAAUGGUUUGAACGUUGAGCUUGCCGAGUCUUCUCCUCGAAGACCUCGUCGCAACUCGAUCCUGUCCUUGAGCAAACCAAGAUGAACUCUCCGUUCCAUUGCUUCAAUAAAAUCCAACUCAGACUUUA